AUGGGUGACCCACUCCGAAUCGAGACCGACAUCCUGGUCAGAAGUAUGGGCCCAGUGCUGGAAACAGAAAUGUCGUACUCGAUGCAGUGCUAUUUGCGACAAAGAUGGCAUGACGAACGACUCAAAUUCAACUUAGAGAAUAUCACCAAGGUAACACUCAGUACAGCCUUCCUGAAGUACAUCUGGAAACCAAACACUUACUUCCUCAACGGAAGACGUUCCACUCAACAUAAUAUCACUACGCCGAAUGUAUUCGUACGCAUCAGCGCGGACGGAUCUAUCUACAUGUCGAGACGAAUAACAAUCCGGGCGAGCUGUCCUAUGAAGCUGAUGAACUACCCAAUGGACCGACCCGUAUGCCCUUUGAUAAUUGGCGGAUAUGGUUACACGACGAAGGAUGUUCUGUACAUAUGGAAGGUGGGGGCUGUGCCGUCACCUGUAGAAGUCUACAACGAUCUCACUAUGUCGCAGUUUGACAUGGACUUCAUCCAAUCUAUGAACUUUACAGAAAGCAACCACAUGGGCGAGUUUUCAAUUUUGGCUGUUGACUUCCACUUAGAGCGCCACUUGGGCUUCUUUAUUCUGCAGACUUAUCUGCCCUGCACGUUGAUUGUAUGUCUGUCCUGGGUCUCGUUCUGGAUCAACAGAGACGCCGCCCCCGCAAGAGUUUUACUGGGAAUGACGACGAUCCUGUCGACGGCAGCCAUUGGUAUGCUACAGCGUGACGGGCUACCUCGCGUGCCGUAUGCAACUGCCCUGGACGUGUAUCUGUACGUGUGUCUAGUGUACAACCUGGCCGCCAUGAUCCAGUACGCAGCCGUCAAUUCCUUCACCAAAAUCGUUGCCGCCACCAAGCCUCAUCAGGAGCGAAACGAGGAAGAAACACAGGAUAUGUUGACGACACCGCACCGAUUGAUCCUGCCUGAUCACCAAGGAAACGGACGAGUGACGACGAGUAUCCUUGGCUACAAAAGCAACACGCAGUACCAUUGCCUCGUGAAUUUCUGGCGGUGUAUUGUGGGAUCGUACCGCGCUCAGAAGACUGGGCGUUCUGAUCAAAACAGUGUCAGCAAAAUCGAUCUGACGUCACGUCUUCUCUUUCCGGGAUCUUUCGGACUUUUCCACAUAUUCUACUGGUCGUGGUAUUUAGGGACAAGGCUGUGAAUGGCCAAAGAUAUCCGACACUCAGACAAAAAGUCAUCAACAUAAUAUGAUGUGUGCUACUUAAACGCAAGCUUGCAAGAACUAAAAUAAUGUUUUAAUUAAAUUUUGAAUAACUGCAUCUCAUAGGCAGUGUGAAUUAUAGAAUAUAGCUUCAAAUAGCACAGACGUAUGUAUCUGUGUUAUAAUAGGGGCAAUGCAUAGCUUACUUUGUAGCAUGAUUUGUUAGGGUAAUCUAAGUGACUGUAGCGAUUGUAACAGUGGUCAAAUGACGUAUGAUAAAUGUACACUUGUAAGCUUCCUUGUGAUAUUGGCGUGCUGUUAAGUAUCUAACAAAAGUCAACCAAAAGAGUACCGGCGCUAGUUGUUUCAUUUAUGUUUCUUGUUAUUCGAUUAUAUUUGUAUUUCUGUAGCGUUUUGCUGAUAUACAUGUACUUUGGAAGCGACUUGAUGAUAAAAAUUGAUUAAUGAUAUCUUUUUAAAAACUGUAGGUUGUUCAGUUCCCAGUGCUCUGUUACAAUAUCCUAAUACACAUUGCAAUGUAUCUGCUAUUUGACACAUCGCAAUAAUCAUCACGACCAGGCAAGUUUAAUUAUCAUAUCUGGUCAAGUUCAAUUCUUUUGGGUGUCUUCCUAUUAUUUCUGUAAUUAUCAUGUGAAGUCAACAUACAGUUUACAUUGUCGUUUAUGAAAAAACUGUACACGACCUGUCGCAGAAAAUAUCUCAAAAAGCCAUGGUACAGAUACGCGACCUAAUAUAAAUGGAUGGCAGAAAUCAAUUGGGCUAAUUAAUGUAUCUGAUGUUUUGAUUGAUAUAUUAUCACAAGGCUUACUUUUAUUAUGGUAUCCAACAUCCCCUGUCAGAACAUCGAUUUUGCUAAAAAUGAUAUAUAUUAACAAUUUCUGAUGGACGGACUUCUCGGUUGGAGAUAUCAUCCCAUUUAAAAAUAUUUAUUGCUUUUUUUCUGUGGUCAGUACAGCGGCGUCCUGAGCCAUUUGCCCGAUGGUCCAGUAGCCAGGCCACAAUCAGUGCCGCAUUGGAUUAGAUUGGUCGAGUCAUGUGCAGAUAUUCAAUCAUUUAAUGUCAUAUCUCCCAAUUUGGCGAAUUACAUUUGUUCAAUACAGGCUGAGCGCGAUGAGCCUUGUUUGGACCAAUUAUUAUUUUCCCGUCAUGCAUGUGUAAACAGGAAGUGACAUAUCAAACAGCAAAAGCAAAGGUCUACAUGAAAAACAUAUAAUUGAUGAAGACUGCUAUUAAAUGCUUUCAAAAGCUUUUCCUCGUUAGCUUGAGACAUACCCCAUGCUUAUUUACAUAACUAUGCGACUGUUGGUAUAUAAAGAUAUAUAAGAUUAUUUGUUUUUUUUGAUGAUGUUGUGAUACCAUGCUGAAGUAUAAUAGUAAUAUGUAUUCUUCCUUGAUCUUUCUAAUCAAUGCAUUCCGAAACACUCUCUGAGGCAUAAAGGCCUAGAGGUUUUUCGUUUCGGUUAAUUCAUAGAAGUCGAGCAAACUUUGACAUUAAAUUUAUAAAUUUACUAUUUUCUUACGAA